CACAACAUUUCCCUGCCAGUGCUGCCAGUUGACCCGCCGCUACCGGCGCAAUUGACAGCUGCAGGUAAUUUUUGGCACCGCCGUACGAGCAGCAGCGUUUGUUUACAUUUCAAAAAAUGAGCCAAGACGAAACGGAUCAACAUCCCGGUGCUAAUGGGCAAGAUAUUGCGGAAGAAGAACAGGAUGCGCCAAACUCUAUCGAGCAAGAUGUACCAAUGCAGACCGAGGAACCGGAUGCGGAUGCUGAGUGCAGUCCAGUGACGGAAGCACAUUUCUUCAAAGACGCUGCCUGCAUAGAGGUGGCCCGCUGCUCGUGGGAUCGCCCGGUACGACAGAACUAUCUGCAAGGCUGCCGCUGGUCGCCGGACGGCACGUGCGUCCUGACCGCGGUCAACAACGAUGGAAUGCACAUCGUCGAACUGCCGACCGAUCUGUACCGCAAGGAAAGUGUCCCCGAGGAGCGCCCCGUCGAUCUGCUGACCUCGGUUGUGCACGUGAAGGAGGGCGGCCUCGUGUACGAUUACGCCUGGUAUCCGGGUAUGAACAGUGGGCGGCCGGAAACGUGCUGCUGGAUCGCGUCCCGCCAGCACGAACCCAUACAGCUGUGGGACGCAUUUACGGGCGGUCUGCGCUGUUCGUACAAGGGCUACGACCAGUUCGACGAGGUGGAGGCAGCCCUCAGCCUCGCCUUCGCACCGGCCGAUGGGGCCACAAUCUACGGUGGAUACAAGAAAUCGAUCAAGUGCUUCGACAUUAACGUACCGGGGCGGGAGACGGGCUCGUGGCGAACGAAAUCCACCGCCUCCUGUAUGGCGAUCGCAUCGUCCAUGCCGGACACGAUCCUGUUCGGCUCGUGGAACCGUAGCAUCUCCGCGCUGGAUGUGCGGUCCGGCGAAUGUUUGCCGGUCGGGAACUAUGCCCCCGAGAACAGCCACACGGCGGGUGUAACGUGGAUAGGCUUUGCGCCCGACACGGAGGAGCGGUUCGUUACUGGCGCCCGCAAGGAUCCGAAAGUGCUGUUCUGGGAUGUGCGGAAGCUGACGCACCCGGUCCAAACGCUGGUCCGAACCUGCGGCACCAAUCAGCGCAUACACCUGGACUUUUCCCCUGGUGGACGGUGGCUGAUCAGUGGCGAUACUCGAGGCAUUCUUCACGCGUGGAACCUGCACGAGACGGACGAAGCGGGCCGGCCGAAGGAGUUGCUGUUCCCGCUGCACUGGGACUGCCUGAACGGUGUUUCGUUUCAUCCGCACGGACCCAUCAUGGCAACAACGAGUGGGCAGUACCAUUUUCCACACUCCGCGGCGAACCUGGACGCUGAGGACGGUGAACCCAGCGCAAGUGAACCGGCGGCCAAGGAACCGACCAAGGUGGAAAACUCUCUCACACUGUGGUGGAUCGGCAAGGGUGUGUUUUCGGAAGAAUAAACGCAAUGGAAAUGUGCUCCCAAUACACUGGAUACGAUGUUUAAUUUUUCAUCUGUUAUUGUUUGCAGUCGUUUCGCUUUUGCACUGACUUCGUUCUCCCGUCCCUAUACCCCUUCCCGCUCUCAACGGCUCUCUCAUCGGUAUCUAUGAACCAUUUUACGAUUAAAUAUUUUUCUGAUAUUAAUUCAUAUUUACAACAAAUUGAAAUAACAAAUUGGGAUUAAUAAAGAAACACCCGAGCG